AUGUCAGCCGUGACCAUUGAGACUCGCCCUGUGUUUGGUCCUGUUAGCCAGCCAGACAUCACAUAUACUCCCAACUACGAUAAAUAUAUUGCUCGAGUCAAGCGUCGCCAGGAGACCGAAAUACUCGCAACAUCCUUGCCCCCCAGGUUUCCAGAAAAGUUGGGGUCAGAUCUCGUCUGGGAUGGAAAAUCAUUGCCUGAGACCGAUAAUGGGAACUAUGUCCUGACUGACAACGAUAUUACAUUGAUUGAGGCUGGUCUAAGGCACUUAAAUCUACACUGCCCAUUUCGUGAGAUUCCUAAGGAGAUACACGUUGGCCAUGGGUUCAAAGUAAUUCGGAGAAUUCUGGUGGAAAGGUAUUCACGAGAAGAUAGUAUUCUCAUAUAUCUCGGCGUUUCGUCUCUUGUUGCCCCAGUUCUGGGUCGGCAGAAUAGCUUGUACCUUGGAAAGCCGGCAGAGCGAUACUCUCCCAUAUUCAGGAUUUGUCAACGUAAACAAAUCUUCCUUACCGGCUCAAGAGACAUAAUUGCGCUCCUUUGCCUUAGGGAGAGUGCUAAGGGAGGCGAGAGCUUUCUUUCAAGUCCUUGGCAUAUAUAUAAUGACAUGGUCGCCAACAGACCUGACCUUACCCACACACUCGCUGAGCUUUGGGCGGCCGAUGGAUCUGCGAACAUCCCACUGAUUACUGAAGCCCAGGCUGAAGCGCUGGACACACUCCACUUCAUCGUCGAGGAGCAUGUGGUGGCGUUGGACUUUUAUCGUGGGGAUAUCCCGUUUGCGCACAACCUCAGCCUAUUUGAUGGUCAAGGGGGACUGAUCUGUAAUGGACAGGUGGCACUUCUCCAGCUGUGGCUUCGAGACCUAGAAUAUGCAUGGGAAACCCCUAGUGUACGCCACGAAAGAUGGGUUAGCAUCUACAAGAGUAUUGAUGCUGACGCUGCAGCACUGGGAGUCUAA